CCUCUGCGCGCCCCGCCCCGGUCCGCGCUGGCAGAGCGGACCCAGGCCCUCGGCCGCCCCGCGUCAUGGCCGCGCCCGCCCCGGUCACGCGGCAGGUUAGCGGCGCCGCCGCCCUGGUCCCGGCCCCGAGCGGCCCCGACAGCGGGCAGCCCCUGGCGGCCGCCGUGGCCGAGCUGCCGGUGCUGGACGCCCGCGGGCAGCGGGUACCGUUCGGCGCGCUGUUCCGGGAGCGCCGCGCCGUGGUGGUGUUCGUGCGGCAUUUCCUGUGUUACAUCUGCAAGGAAUACGUAGAGGAUCUGGCCAAAAUCCCCAAGAGUUUCUUACAAGAAGCAAAUGUCACCCUUAUAGUGAUUGGACAGUCAUCCUACCAUCAUAUUGAGCCUUUUUGCAAACUGACUGGAUAUUCUCAUGAAAUCUAUGUCGAUCCUGAGAGAGAAAUUUAUAAAAGAUUGGGAAUGAAAAGAGGUGAAGAAAUUGCUUCCUCAGGACAGAGCCCCCACGUAAAAUCAAAUCUACUCUCAGGAAGCCUUCAGAGCCUGUGGCGGGCAGUGACUGGCCCUCUCUUUGAUUUUCAAGGAGACCCAGCUCAGCAAGGUGGAACCCUCAUUUUAGGUCCAGGUAACAACAUCCAUUUUAUACACCGCGAUAGGAAUAGGUUGGAUCACAAACCUAUCAACUCUGUUUUACAGCUUGUAGGAGUUCAGCAUGUGAACUUUACAAACAGACCUUCAGUUAUCCAUGUGUGACUUAAAAUGCACUCAGUCACUUUCAACUGGACCUUCUGGAAUGUGACCUUCAAUGCCUGGGUGUAAUAUCCUCGUGCAGUGUCUAACCUGCUGUCCCUUCCCAGCCUUUGAGGAGUUAGGGAAGCAUAAAGGGGGCUUGAACCUGUUGAAUUGCAUGCUGGGAAGCAUCAGUUGUCAAAAUAUGUUAUAUACUUCCAUUUUAUAACUUUUAACAUUUUAUACAAAAAAAAUGAAUAUACAAAAUAUAACUUUAAAAGCUAUAAAAUCAUAAAUACUCUAAAUUAUUUUACAUUAUGGUAUAUUCAGUCAGUGAAAGUUUUUUGGCAAUAUAAAUUCUGACAGUAUGUAAGGGGACAGGAGAGCAACACAAGACCAUUAUAUUCAGUGAAGAAGGCAAAAUAUCAAAUCUGUCAACAAUGUAACUGCAUUUUUGUAUGUAUAUAUUUGUAUUUUUGUAUGCUUUGGAAAAAGACAGGAAAUAAACACCAAAAUGUUGCCAGUAGGUA